AUAUAUUCUGUCAACAGCUGAUUAACCGUGCUGGACUUUGAUACAACUCGAGGACUCGAGCUGCAUAAGUAUCACUGCUGAUAUUCAUCAGGUUCCGUAACAUCGUAACAUAGUAACGUUUCUAAAAGUGAGUCGUCGCAAUGUCUAUCGUAACAAAAGGUGUCUUCAUCGUCGCUGCAAAGCGCACCCCAUUUGGUACAAUGGGUGGUGUGUUUGUGAAUAAAAGCGCAACUGACUUGUCGAUUGUUGCAUCAACAGCUGCAAUACAAGCAGCAGGAUUAAAACCAGAAAAGAUUGACAGCGUUGUAUUUGGACAUGUACUGACGUCGUCAUCGUCUGAUGGAGCUUUCCUACCAAGGCACGUUUUACUAAAGUCAGGAAUUCCAUUGCAAAAGCCGGCAUUUGGUGUGAAUAGAUUAUGCGGUUCUGGUUUUCAGGCAAUCGUCAGUGGAGCUCAGAACAUUUUAACGGGAGAAUCUAAGAUCGUUUUGACGGGCGGUGCAGAAAACAUGAGUCAAGCACCUUUUGUUGUAAGAAACAUUCGUCACGGAACUAUCUUGGGUCAGAAAUACGAUUUUGAGGACUCACUCUGGCUUGGACUUCUAGACACCNAUUGCAAUUUGUUCACGGGUUCGACCGCAGAGAAACUCGGUGCGCAAUACAACUUGAAGAGAGAGGAAGUCGAUCAAUUUGCCUUGAGGAGCCAACAACGGUGGAAAGCUGCCAACGAUGCAGGCCGUUUUAACGAAGAAAUUGCACCUGUGCAAAUAAAAAGUAAAAACCAAGAUAUUACUAUCUGCACGGAUGAACAUCCACGUCCGCAAACAACAAUAGAGACCCUUGCCAAAUUAAAACCAGUUUACCAGAAAGAUGGAUUAGUCACAGUUGGAUCUGCAUCGGGUAUUUGUGAUGGAGCAGGCGCUGUUAUUUUAGCCAGCGAAGAAGCCGUCAAGAAGGAAGGUUUGAAACCAUUGGCGCGUUUGGUGGGAUAUAGUGUUGUUGGCGUAGAACCGAGCAUUAUGGGAAUUGGUCCUGUGCCGGCAAUCAAGAACUUGCUCAAACUAACGAGCAAGACGCUAGAAGAAAUAGAAUUAGUUGAGAUCAUUGAGGCCUUUGGUGCUCAAACUUUGGCAUGUGCGAAGGACUUGAAUCUAGAUUUGAAUAAAUUGAAUGUGGACGGUGGCACCAUUGCCUUCGGACAUCCAUUGGCUGCUUCUGGUAGCAGAAUCACUGCUCACUUAGUGCAUGAACUCAGGAGACGAAAGGCUGGAAAGUUCGGGAUUGGUUCGGCUUGUAUUGGCGCCGGCCAAGGCAUUGCUGUGAUGGUGGAAGUAUUGUAAUCAUCUGAAAAGAUAAAUCGUUAAAUAUCUUGUUUGAGUAAACAAAACGCCGCGAAAUAAAAGUGAUAUGUCGUUAGGAUUUAUUGAUUUUAAAUGAGUUAUUGUUAAUAAAUUUUUUUAUUCGUUUAUUAUGAAAUUAUGAAAAUUAUGAAAGAUAUUUCUAUACAAAAUUGUACAAAAGUUUUACACAUUUUUAUACGUGUAACAAAGUAAUGCUAUGCAGAAUUUUGAUAAAUAUUUUUAAUUUGGUGUAAAUUUAAGGAAACCUAUGCAGCUGCGAAAAGCCAAUCUUUUGUUAGCAGCUGAAUCUUAAGUAUCGUAAAAGUCGAAUAAGACGUCAAUAGUAUUUAAAGUAUACAAAAACUAUUGCUUCAUUAUAAACAUUUCAGAAUAUUAUUAUUUCAAAAUGUUUAAAAGAGCCUUGAAAAGCUAUUCAUAAAUAUCAGGUCAAUAAAAAUAUCAGCUGGAAAAUUA